AGCGUUGAGCUGGAUGAUUGUCCUGGCGUGGCCAGCACAUUAUCCGGCAUCCGUGGCAUCCGUAACGGUUUCUUUCUAGUGUGUGUGGUUAGUCGGUGGCCUUUUAUUGGUGAAUAAUUAAGCAACUGGAACGAUUGUUUCAAGUUCAAACGGAAGUGGGAAGCUGUGACGACAAAGAACCAGCAGCCACCGGAAAAGGAUACACAAAUGCUGAUCGACCGAUUGUUUGAUCGCUAUCGGUACAAUGCACCGUAGCUCGAACGCAUGAUUGAGUGAGAUGCAAGUGGGCAUGCAAGUGCCCAUCCGGUGCUGAAGAGUGCAAAGUGAAUGCCUGUUUCCUGGAACCGAACCCGAGCGAACCGAGUGGGACGAAUCGGCGAAUCGGUGCUGUUUGUCUCCGGGUGAUGUUGGGCCGGUAUUAGUUUCGUGGUUGAGUGGCAGGUCGGCCGUGCGGUGUUGGGAGACGACAGCCAACACACAAAGGUGCAUCCUUCGUACAAAGAGUUUUGACACACCACACCAACACAGCCAGCCAGGCCAGCCAGCCAGUGAGCCAGCCAGAGUGCGCGCACUCUCGCUUUUGUCCCAGUUGCAGCGCGGGAUGCAUUCCUGCUUCGUGCACAUCGUCGGUUCCCAGCUCUCCCAGGUCAGUUCCCGGGAAUGGUUGCCAGUCGUCUGCUGUGACGCUGCUGGCGCUGGCGGGAGCUACGCAUGGAGUGGAAAUGCACUAACUAAGGUAGAGAAAGAUGCGAUGGUGUAAUAAUCCUUGCCGUGGAUGCGUUAGGCUUUGGUACAACGAAAGUAGCAGAUACCGCGAUACCGUGCCCUCGUUUGUGCCAGUUCGGUUUGUGGCGGUUGUGUGCCAGUGUGCCAGUGCACCAGGUCGUGUACGGUGCGCUUUCAAGUGCGUUGAGGCGAAGAAGUACGGCAGGCACUUCACAGUACCCUGGGUUGGGUAUCCGGAAUCGCGGAGUUUGUUGAAGUGACUCGGUGAAAACAGGUUGCAGCGAACACACGGAUGCAAGGACAUGUGUACAAGUGACAUUAUAGCCAAGAGCACCACUACAACUACCACUACUACCAACUGGAACAUCAACGCGCUUUGGAUGUCAUAGACCGGAAGGGUAACCAUUGUGUCGGGGCCGGGCCCGGUGCAUCGUGCAGCGAAGUCUGGGUGACGGACGGGGAAGGACGGUACUAUUAUCACCAGAGCAAACCGACGAAGGACGAAGGAGGUCAGGUGGAGACGGUUGUAGCAUACGGUGCCGUCCCGCGCGCCAACUUUGCCGUUCCGGGCGAAGAACAUGGGCCGCCCGUACUAUGAUGAUCCGGUUGAAAUGUGGCUCUGGUCGUCGACGAAGCCCGUACACUUUGUGCGACUAUCGACGGUUCCUUUUCCGGAAUGGUUUCCCGGUACGGUAACGUUGGCUAGGGCGACCGUUGGGUCGGGCGUUGCUCAUGGUUCGGUCACCGGCAGCUUAAGCCGUCCGGCAGGUUACAACACCGGCUACGUUAGCUACAUGAAACGCUUCAAUUUCACUGCAAACCUCGAUGGCCCGAUCGACGACCGGGCCGGGCUGGGGGAUCAGAUAGCGGUCGACGAGGAGGACGAUGAUGGGUCGCUGGCACUGCACAACUACUGGGCCUUGCUAGCAAUUAUACUCGUGUUCGGUACGGCCGCCGGUAACAUACUCGUCUGCCUUGCCAUCGUCUGGGAGCGGCGGUUACAGAACGUCACCAACUACUUUCUGAUGUCACUGGCCAUCACGGAUCUGAUGGUCGCUCUGUCCGUGAUGCCGCUAGGAAUACUGACACUGGUCAAAGGACACUUUCCGCUCGAUUCCGAGUACUGUCUGGUGUGGAUCUGUCUGGAUGUGCUGUUCUGCACCGCGAGCAUUAUGCAUCUGUGCACCAUUUCGGUCGAUCGGUAUCUGUCGCUGCGGUAUCCCAUGAAGUUUGGACGCAACAAAACGCGUCGCCGCGUGGUGCUGAAGAUAAGUUUCGUCUGGCUGCUUUCGAUUGCGAUGAGUCUCCCGCUAAGCUUAAUGUAUUCGAAGAACCAUGCAUCGGUGCUGGUGAACGGAACGUGCCAAAUACCGGACCCGGUGUACAAGCUGGUCGGAUCCAUCGUCUGCUUCUAUAUACCGCUCUGUGUAAUGCUGAUCACCUACACGCUGACGGUACGGUUGUUGGCGCAGCAGAGCGAAAAUCUGGGCGGGGUGGGCAGUGGCGGUGGAUGGUCGAGCGGGUGGUUGGGCCAGGCGCCUGCCUUCGAUCGGCGCAAUACAUGGAAGCGAAUAAUUAAGCUCAGUCUGCCCACCGCCCAGAAUCCGCACGCACACUCGGCUGCCUCGACCGAUACGGAGCUUUCCACGCUGGAUAAUCACGAUCUUUGGUUGCUGGAGUCCAGCAUUCCAGAACCCAGCUCCAUUACGAUGACUGCUAUGCAGCGAUUUGGUGAAGAGAUGUUGAAGUUGUCUCAGGGGUUAGAGUCCGUGGCGCAACACAGCGAUCGACAUCUUGGCCUGGGCGGUAAAUCACGAUCGCCGGAGCGCAACCGUGAUAAUGAAUCAUUCCGCAAAAAACCGAGCACAAAAACAACGGCAGCACCAGCACCGGCCACGAUGGUCACCAUCCGAUCGCCGGUGCCGACAAAGAAGCGUCGCAGUUCCACCUCAACCUGGAUCAAUCGGCGAAACUCGGGCACGCCACCACCGGUCCGGUUGGUACGCAAACGGUUCAAGAGUCUACCGCACGCAAUCCCUCCAUCGGAAUCGGACGAAAUUGAGGUUGACGAGCAGUUCAUGCAGGACGUCCUCCUGGAGCUACGGGAACGGGAGGACAAGUCAACGGUGGACGGUUCGCGCAAAAAAGCCACACAGUCUGGGGAUGACGGUGUCCCUUCCACUACGACCAACGGUAACGGUCGGCAUCCCGAUGGUGAAGAUACGUGCAGCGAAGAUCCGGGCCCAGUGGGUGUAAGCUCCCAUCCACUGUCCCAGAGCCAUGGUGGGCAUAGCUUGAAGCUUCCACCACCGUGCAAGUGUCCAUUUUUCGGCGAAGGUGCUUCCGGCCGGCAGCAGUAUCUGCGUCCGGCCGAAAUCAAGAUCGUAAAGACCAGCUCCGACCUGAGCUCGAUAGCGGCCGCCGGUGACAGUCUCGUGUACAGCACGAUCUCCAUUUCGUCCAGCUCGAACGUGACCACGCAACCGACGCGGUCCAUCUCGAGCAGCCUUUCGACCCUUCCUGCCUCGGCGCUCGCUUCGCCGAGCCGCAAAUGUAGCGCGCCGAAGGGAAUAUCCGUCGUGACGUGGGAUCAGCGACGUCAUCAGAGGCGUGGUUCGAGCUUCGGUGGAGCUAGGACCUCCCUGCUGCUGACUCCAACGAAAGCGAGCCCGUCCAGUGUGUCGUUGCGGCGUUCGAUCAAUCUGCGCCAUUCGACGCUGGACGGUGGUGGCUCGUGCAGUGUGACCGGUAGCGGUGAAACAAUGUUCCGUGGAGCGCCUAAAAAGAACAGUUCCUCACCGUGUCUGAUGCAGCAUCAGACGGGUGGUGGUGGGACGGUCGCGAUGAUGGCAGUGGCAGCAGCCUCCUCGACCGUGCCAACCAUGGCCACGACAACGAUGACGGUACGGUCGCAUCACUCGCGCAACUCCAGUAUGAUUUCACGCAACUCUUCGCGCCACGGACGCAUCAUCCGGCUGGAACAGAAAGCGACCAAGGUGUUGGGUGUGGUGUUCUUCACCUUCGUCAUCCUGUGGGCGCCCUUCUUCGUGCUCAAUCUGCUGCCGAGCGUUUGCAAGCACUGCGAGGACAAUAUCGACCAGUGGGUGUUUGAGUUUGUGACGUGGCUCGGGUACGCGAGCAGUCUGGUGAAUCCGAUCUUCUACACGAUCUUCAACAAAGCGUUUCGGGAUGCGUUCCGCAAGGUGCUGCUCUGCCGGUACGGACUGAAGGCGCGCCAUUGGCAACCGAACAGCUAGUACGCCGCGGUCCCUAGCCGUUUGGAGCACAGCGAACCACUGUAGUGAGUGGGCAAUCGUGCACGCGUGCGUCCAGCGGUAGCCUGACUAAUUGCCAUUCUCUCUUCCUCACUGGUGAACGGUUUCGACCUGUGGUGAACGUUUUGAUACAUACUUUAGGGAACUCUGUGGACUGUUGUGCGUUGCCUCGCCGAGGGCAGUAGGCGCAAGGCGUGACGAGCAUUAGAUAUAGUGAACGGUGUAUGUGGUGUUACCUAGCAAUAAAUGUUUUAUAUCCUCUUCGUAGCAAAAUCGUUCCGAGCCGUGU